AUGAAAAGGGGUUUACAAUACUUCUUCUCAAAAUAGAGAAUGGAAAUAUUUUUUUUAAAAGAUUGCGUACAAGGGUUUUAAGGGGAAGUACGCAUUGUGAAACCAGGAUUUUUUGAGAAAUAUCUCUUCCCAAGGGCCAUAGCAUAUUAGAAUCUGCCAGGAUAUAGAAGAAGAUUAUUACCUGACCUUGAUGAAGAGAAGUUAGAAAAUAAAAUUCAAAGAAGAAAGGAUAUUAAAUUGUUUUAACAAAAAAUUGCAGGAAUCCAUUUAGAAUUUGUACGACCUCCUAAAUUUUCAAAUCCAAGUCUUCUUAAAGAUCCAAUAGAUGACAAAUUAAUUAUUGAGGAAGUUCAAUAAAGAUUCAAAUUACAAGUUACAAAAAAUCAUUUGUUGUCAAUGGUUAACAAAAUAACUACCUAUGGAUAAUUUACAUUAUAAAUUGAAAACUUCUACAGUCCAGAAUUGCAAGAUUACACAACAUUUCAAAUUACAGUAGUGACCAAAAAACCUAUUAUGAAAGUCUAAAAAUUGAUUGAUGAAGUGGCCACAAAGGACGAUUAGAACAAAGAUGAAAAUAAAGAUAAAUCGGACUAGAAAGUUGUAAAAUAAGGAAAAGAAAAAGAAAAGGAAAAGGAAGCCUAAAAUUCUAUAGAUUACGAUAAAACCUUUGAGACCACUUUAGUGAAAAAAGACUAAAUUACUCAUGAUACCUAUUUGUUUGGUUUUUAGAGUGAAGUCGAUAUCUAAUUAGAACCGGCUGAACAUUUUCAGAUCCUGUAAAUUUUUAUUCGUUUAUCCAAGAAUGAAAGAUUCAGAUGGGAUUGA